AUCCUUCAGGGGGGCAUCUGCCUUGCCUUCCUUCUCACUUGACGCUGCCCCCCUCGGCCCACUGACUGCUUCUUGUUCCCCCCUCGGGCCUCGGUUGCCUUGCCUGCGAAUGUGCCUGCCUUCCUUCCGUCCGUCCAAAAUCCCCCCCCAAGCCCCUUGAGAGAGACUGAGACUCAGACUCUGAGGGAGAGAGAGAGAGAGUGGUGAGAGAGUGAGUGAGAGAAAGAGAAAGAGAAGUGAGAGAGAGAGAGAGAGAGAGAAAGAAGGAAGAGAGGAGAGAUGCCUCCCCCGGAUCACUCAGGCGCAGCAGGGUCCCGUUCAUGGCAGCGCAGCAGGGAGUCGUCGUAGGAGUCUCAUCGUCGUUGUCGUCGGCGCAUCGCUUGUUGCUCGGAGGAGGCCCAGGAGGCCCAUCGUCGCCCGGUCCGACGCAGAGCCCGUCCUCCUCCUGCUGCCCCACCUCGUGCUCGCCCAGCCUCCAGGCGUCGGCCAGGACACUGCUGGGCUGCUCCUUGCCCCCAGCAGCAGCAGCAGCAGCAGCUGCAGCAGCGGGAUCAGCAGCCUUGGCCUCCGCGGCUGCGCUGGUGGUAUCGACCCAGACUUGCUCUAGUAGCCAGGCCCAGCAGUAUCAGUAUCAGCAGCGUCGCUGCAAUCCUGCGGCUGCGGCCUUCCAUCAUCAUCAGCUGCAGCAGCAGCAGGCCCAGCCCCCAUUCUUGAGCCCUCCUGCUCUUCAAGCGUUGCUGCCGAGCGGAGCGCACUCUGAGAUGCAACCGGCUUCCAUGCUGGGCUCGCGUGGCCCGGUGCCCGGCGUCAGCAGCGCUCGCUCCUCGCUUAGCAAUGCGGCGCUCGCCAUGCCUUCUCUCCUGAGCCCCCCUCACCAACAGCCCGCGCUGCAAUUCGAGCAGGCGGAGCAGACUCCCCCCAUGGAUGAAUUUCUCGAGCAAAUGUUCUCGCUCCCGUCCUGGUCCGAAAUGGCGGGCGCCGGCCGCGCCCCCUGGGAAUUCAAUGCUGCGGCCGCCGGCGCUGCCACGCGCCUGGGCGUCGACGCCCAGAAGCUCUUCACCAUGUCGUUGCUGCCCCCCGGAUUGCUGGGCGGCCCGCACACCUCCACCACCACCACCAACAACAACAACACCAACAACAACAAUGCCACCAGCAACAACAACAACAACCACAGCGGCCGCGAUUUGCAAGACGGAGCCGAUUCCGCCCACGUCGGCGAUUCGGUCCUCGGCUAUUCCAACGACGAUCACCUGCUCGGUGCUCGCCUGCGCGGCCUGCAAGAAACUCCCUCAUCCGUUCCAGGUAUCGGAACUCGAGCAGGAGCGACUCUGACCAGGUCCCCGUCCGUAGGAAGCAGCGGAAGCGAAGGAUCAGGUGGACCCCAAUCGCCUCCUCCCAUUGCCCCGACAUGGAGGCAGCCAUACGUAGGUGGCGUCCCACCUUUGCCAUUGGGUUUAGGACAAGCAAAACCAGAAACGCUUCUUCGUGGUGACUCCGGAGAAGCGCAUCUUCUUGGGAAAAGGCCUCGUGAUGAGGACGAGGUCUCCAUGAGAGAGGCUCAUACAGGGAACAAUGUUCGCGAUGCACCGCAAGGACUUUUCGCCUCCUUCACCGGUGGCCAAGUGACCCAGAACCAAGUGCCUCGCUCAGCUGGGCAACAGUCCCAUCAGCAGGGAAAUGGUGCCUCGUCUCAAGGGGUGCAAGGACAAGGACAAGCGCUGCCCACGUACGGGAGCCCCUCGAUAACGGCGACGACGCAACCCCAUUCGAAUUCGGGUGUGGCCGUGGCAGCUCGACCUCGAGUCCGAGCGCGACGUGGCCAAGCCACCGAUCCGCACAGCAUUGCCGAGAGGCUCCGAAGAGAAAGGAUAGCGGAGAGAAUGAAGGCAUUGCAGGAGCUCGUGCCCAAUUCAAACAAGACCGACAAAGCCUCUAUGCUGGAUGAAAUUAUCGAGUAUGUGAAAUUUCUGCAACUGCAAGUUAAGGUGAGUGUUGAGCAUGAGCAGACUAGGAGGAGCCGGAGCUGUGGCGCCCCUCGUCGCCGACUUGCCCUCCGAGGUAGGACCGAGCAGCUAUGUGAGCGCGACGAUCGGGCGCAGCAACGGAGCGCCGGGGCCAUCGCAGGACGGGCUGGCGCUGACGGAGAGGCAGGUGGCGCGGCUCAUGGAAGAGGACAUGGGCUCGGCCAUGCAGUACCUGCAGAGCAAGGGGCUGUGCCUGAUGCCCAUAAGCCUGGCGACGGCCAUCUCGAGCACGAACUCGAGGUCGCAAGGGGGAGGGGCUGGGGCUGGUGCAGGGGCAGCAGGCACCCAGCAGCAGCAGCAAGGGUCCGGCGACCGCCACCGGUCGGAAUCGGGCGCGGCGGGCCAGGCGGCCAGCCAAGCGCCGAUGAGCUCGAGCGCGGCCGCGUCGGUCAGCGCGGCCAUGGACGUGGACGGCGCCAGCCAGAUGGGCAACGGCGCGGCCAAGAGCAACGCCGGCAGCAGCGCCGGCAACCACAGCGCCAGCGCCGGCAGCAAGGACGGGCGCGACGCCGGCGACAGCAAGAGCGCCGGCGCCGGCGGGGCCCCGGCCUCCAAGCAGUCCCCGAAGGCCUCGAAAUUCAAGGGCAAGGACGAGUCCCAACGACGAAGCCAAUAGCUCGCGCUCGCGCUCGCGGUCGAGAAGCAGGUACUCAGUUCCCGGUGAAGUCAGCAACCCAAAGCAAUUUUGCUAGCGUCCAGGUAUUCUGUGCUGGGAGAUGUGGGUGCCGUGCCACAGGUCUGGCCUAAGCUUUUCAUCGACGGAUUCCACUCUCCACACUCCCUCCCCCCAUCCCCUCUCCACACUCUCCACCACCCUCUCCCCCUCGCUCGCUCGCUCGCUCGUCUGCUCGAGGUAUUAUCAAUCACGCACAACCCGGUCCGAUGGUUGGUGCCCGUGCCGAGCGGCAGCAGGCUCUUGGCGGCUGCUCUUGGCACCUUUUUAAGUCAUGCGGUUGAAGCAACCAUGUUGGGAUCGUGCAGAGCAACGCAUCAGAACACCUCGAAUCUGAAUCCUCGCUUCAUGGUAACCGAUUCCGAGUGUCACCACCUUUGUUUCGGCGGACAGCCACCUCCUCCCGUGCAAGCAGCAGCAGCGAGGCGCAGCGAUGCAGGAGGGCCCGUUGUUCUUCACUCGGUCUCCGAUCACAGAAAGAAAGAAAGUCAUACGGGAAAAUUAUAUGAUCCCUGAAAGUUUCCUCAGUCUGACACCAACCGUGUUCGUGUGCAGGGUUUGGAAGGACUACAAAUCAGGGUGCUAUCUAGUUUCAACUUACUCUGUAUUUCUUCCAUUGCUUACAAACUUCAUAAACUUAAACGUGCCAGGUUACUGUUUUCGGUAGCUUCGCCAUGUACCAAAUUCAAGGACACUUCUUGUUGUGCUCUGCUCAAAUUCAUGCAAGGCCACCUGAGCAGAAAAGUCUCAGGCAAGAGGCUUGCGCCCUUUACAAUGAAGU